GUCUCCUCCUCUCCUCCCUCCUUCACCUCCACCUCCUCCUCUCCCAGCUCCUCUCCGAACCCCACGUCCUCCUCCUCCCCUUCCUCCCCCGUCCACACCUCCUGUUUGAAUGUCACCACAAAGGAGGCGGGCUUUUCGGUGGAGAUGGUGGCGUCCCGGCGCAGCAGCGUGGCGUUGGCGGCCGUGAUGGGCUCCAUGUUCGCUCUGUCCAUCAUGGCGCUGCUGGUCGUCUACAUGGGCCGCCGCGUGCAGCAGCACAAGUCCUGCGGCCACUCGCUGAAGAAGUACAUGCAGCACGCCACCUCCAUCCCCCUGAACGAGCUGUACCCGCCGCUCAUCACGCUGUGGGAGAGCGAGGCCGAGAAGGACAAAGACGACAAGGAAGACGAGGAGAGGGAGGCGGGGAGGAGGGAGGAGGAGGCAGGGGGGAGUCAGAUCGACACCACAAAGACGUACAUGUGGUAGCUGGAGGAGGGGGAGGGGAGGGGAGGGGAGGUUUUAACGGAGAGACAUCAGAGGGAGCGAGGGAGGGGGGGCGAGGGAGGAAAGAAGAGAACGAGGAAGUUACCAGCAAACAGAGGUCAUGUGACUCCUGACGAGCCUGACAGACGAAGAGCAGGGUUAAAAAGAUGUCAUACAAACACAAACACCUGAGGCUGCAGAGAGCGAGGAGAGGAACUGACCGAUCACCAGCUGGAGGAAAACAAACACGCCAUGACGCCGUGCAGAUUCACUCUAAAAGGAACAUUCUGGUGUUUUUAUUUUCAUGUUUAGUUUGUUUACUUUAAAUCCUGUUUCCAUCCUCUAGGCUCCUGUGAGGAACUUCUGGUUUGUGUCUACUUUGGCGCCCUCUAGGGACAAAGCAGUACGUCUUUUCUCACUUGUCCUGUACCUGCAGAGAUCCUUUUUUCUGACCAAAAACUCCCUUCUCUAUUUUAAUGAUGACAUUUAUCACUCACAGUGAAUAUCUGCUGUGGAUGAUUUAAACAUAGCGUGCUGUGAUCUCGUCUGACCCCCCCCCAACUUCAAAACCACAGGAGCUUUAAGUUUCCAUAUUAGUUUCCUUCCUUUGGCUUCACUUAAUCUCUAUUAAGAGAUUCUACAGAAAUGCAGAAUCUGAACACAGGGAUUGAGCCAAAACAUGUAAAACACCAGAAUGAUUCCGUCCUGAGUUCUUCUAAUUCUGUUUCCAACAAACCAGUACGGUGGCCCUUAAGGUGCAAAAACAUUUCACUGAACCUCAAAAAAAUAUUUCACAAAACGCAAAAAAAACGUCAUGAAAUGCAAAAUCAUGUGGUGACAUUCCAUCAGAUUUAUUUACAUCUCACAAAGUUUUUAGAGUUGAACUUCAGGGCCACCGUACACGAGCUUUCCCCUGGACUUUUCAUGUGUUUGUCAAACUGUGGGUCAGGGGCCGGUCGGGGGCCUUUCGCUGGUUUUAAACUGGAAGAUUUUUUCCUCCUGCAGCAUCUGAAGAGACUUUAAGACGAACUGUCGUCUGUGAGUCCAGAUGUUUGAUUCUCCUCUGCUGAUUUCAUCUCUUUCUCUUCCAUUUCUCUUCCGUCCUCCCUCCGUCUCCUUGCUGUCAAAGCACAUUGACAGAAGCUGUACUGUUAAAAAAAAUCAGAUUAUUGUAAUUUAGUUCAUCUGAUGAACACGAAUGCAGCACUAACACUCAGCACAGGCAGCCUCGUGGAAGAUUUCACUUUAAAUCUUUUCAGAGAUGCACUUAAGGGUCCCGUAUUCAAAUGUGCUGCUCGUCUCUCACAAAGGUCGCACACAUCCGAAUAUUUCACAACAUCAUUUAGAAUUAGGCUUUCAUUUUACAGUAUGACGUGUCCACUUCUUUCUUGUUGUUUUACAGUUUAAAUACAACCGUUAGCUUAUUCUCAAACCUCUGGAAACAUCAAACCGUAUGCAGAUAAUACCUUAUUGUACAGGGUAUAUAAAACCGCUAGCUGCUUCUCAAACCUCCGAACAAACCGUUUGCAGAUGACAUCUUAUUUUACAGGGUAAAAAAAACAGUUAGCUGCUUCUCAAACCUCCGAACAUAUCAAACCGUAUGCAGAUGACACCUUAUUUUACAGACAGAAAUCUAAACAUAUAUAAAUAUAUUUUUGCAUGUUUUUUUAUUUUUCUGAAGAACAGUUAAACGGAGACUUAAACAUGUUAUCAAAGACUUUCUGCUUUAAACAACGACGUGUUUUUAUAGCUUUUAUUUCACAGGGAAAAAAGCGGUUCGGUCUCAGUGAUGUCACUUCCUG